CGGCCUUUGCACCCGGAUGAGGAGGUUGAAACUCUGCCAGAUGGAGAUUCCUCCGUUGCGGCACAGGCCGGGAGUGCGGAUGGUGCCGGCUCUCAGGGUUCGGGCAACCCAGUCCUUGAUGUUGUGUCUGGGCCUUCCGCCGGGAGUUCGGAUGGUCCCUCUAGAGUUCCCCCGUUGGUUGUGAGUCCGGAUAGUGCCCACUCACUGGCAGCUAGUCAAUCAAUUCUGGCUGCUGUCACUAAGUCUGUGGAUGUUUCCGUGUCGGGCGAGAGUGCGGAUAGUGCCGACUCUCAAAUGGAUACUCGCGUUUACCAGUUGGACGAGUUGAAUAGUCAAGUCCCCUCUGGAGGGCAAAUUGGUGAUGCUCCAAAUUCUCCCGAUUCCUUGUCUGGGGCG